UUUUUUUUGUCAUCCCCCCUCCACCUCCUCUUCCAUCCUCAUCCCUACUCAUCCUUCCCCGCCCUUCCCCAUCCUUCAUCUUCGCUACUUCAUCAUCCAACUUCGACUCUAAAUCAUUGCCUCAACCUCUCUCUUUCUUUCUCUCCAGUUCACGCCCCCCCCUCUCAUCUGGCCCUGCGUUGUCCUGACCUGCUCUCUCACUUUUCAUACUUUUCACGAACAUACUCCUUACGCUGCUUUAGCACUCCCCAGCUUAUCCACCAUUAACUUCUCUGUGCGUUCAUCGGCCCCUUGCUUCCCUUCUAUUCCUGAGGCCAUCCUUUCAGCAUAUCGCCCACAAUGGCCUCUUCCUCGUCCUCCCCCUCACCAUCCAACACCACCGCCCGCAAAUCCGCCCUCCUAGCCUCCUAUGGAUACCCCUCCCAACCCGGCAUGGUCAGGGCCGUCGCUGCCGCUGCCGCUGCCGCCUCAGACAACGGGGGCCCUAAUUCGCCUGGUGGUGGUCUCUCGGGCCGGAAGGGCUCUAUUUCAACCACCCGCAGCAGCCAUCGCUACUCGCAACUGUACUCUAUGGCUGCCGAGCAGGAUGUCGAAGUUGAGGAUGACCUUGCACGAGCCCAAAAGCGUCUUCGAGAACUAAAGACAAAAAUCUCAUCUCAGUCCAAAAAGAACUUUGUCCUCGAACGCGAUGUCCGUUACCUCGACUCACGCAUCGCGCUCCUAAUCCAGAACAGGAUGGCUAUUGCCGAGCAACGUGAGGUUGCGGAGCAUCUUGAGGAGGUCGAUGCCUCGGACGGUCUGUUUCCAGAUGACCGCAAGCUGCAGUCGUACGGUAAUCUUUUCUUCCUGCUCCAGACAGAGCCACGACAUAUCGCAACGCUCUGCCGUCUUGUCUCGUUGACCGAGAUCGACACGCUUUUGCAGACCGUCAUGUUCACCCUCUACGGAAACCAGUAUGAAUCGCGUGAGGAGCAUCUUCUCUUGACCAUGUUCCAGUCGGUCUUGUCCGCACAAUUCGAAACUGCAACAGAGUUCGGAUCCCUUCUUCGCGCCAACACACCAGUUUCGCGCAUGAUGACUACAUACACCCGCCGUGGACCUGGUCAGAGCUAUCUGAAGACGGUCCUCUCAGAGAGGAUUAACAACCUCAUUGAGCACAAGGAACUCAACCUCGAGAUAAAUCCGCUCAAGGUGUAUGAGCAGAUGAUCAAUCAGAUCGAGGAGAACACGGGCUCAUUGCCGCCCCAUUUGCCCCGCGGAGUUCCACCAGAGGUUGCUGCCGCCAACGCAGAUGUUCAGGCGAUUAUCGCCCCGCGUCUGAGUAUGCUCAUGGAGAUUGCAAACUCGUUCCUCGACACCAUCCUCGAGUCGCUCGAUCAGGCGCCAUAUGGAAUCCGGUGGAUCUGCAAACAGAUCCGCAGCUUGACCAAGCGAAAGUACCCAGAUGCCACAGACUUUUCGAUCUGCUCUUUGAUCGGCGGAUUUUUCUUCUUGCGCUUCAUUAACCCGGCCAUUGUGACUCCUCAAGCUUAUAUGCUUGUCGAUGGACUACCAAGCAAACAUCCUAGAAGAACCCUUACGCUGAUUGCCAAGAUGUUGCAAAAUCUGGCGAAUAAACCAACGUACGCCAAGGAGGCGUAUAUGAUGACACUGAAUCCAUUCGUGGAAAACAAUAAGGCCAGGAUAAACAAGUUCCUCAACGACCUCUGCGAAGUCGGAGACUUUUAUGAGAGUCUGGAGAUGGACCAGUAUAUGGCGCUGUCAAAGAAGGAGAUCAACUUACACAUCACUCUGAACGAGCUAUUUAAUACCCACCAGCUUUUGUCGCAGCAUCGGGACACCCUGGCACCUCAGGAAAAACAUCAUUUGAGAGUGUGUCUCAACGAACUGGGUGCAGCACCGCCUCAAGUACCUCGUAAGGAAAACAAGACGAUUGUCCUGCCCCUCUUCAGUCGAUGGGAAACACCGAUUCAGGAUCUGCAUUCGACAUUCCUCCAGGAGACCAACAUCACUCAGGCCGAUAUCAUGUAUAUGGAGACGAAAUCGAUUCUUGUGCAGCUGAUCCGCUCUAUCCCUGGCAUUGCUGAAAAACGGCCCUUGGACCUCAUGAAGAUCGCAGAGACAGCUGCUACGACAAAGGAUGCGAUUCUAGUCCGCAAGGGCAUCAAGGUCAAAGAGAUGCUUAUCGAACUCGAAGCACUGAAUGUGGUCGAUGACCAUUUCACAUUCAUGACAGAGGAGGUCACAGAAGAGCUGAGACACUUGGGCAACCUGCGGGAAAAGGUUAAUGAGGAAGCAGCAAGUCUGGAAAGCGUAUACAAGACGAUCGGUGACCACAACAACUACCUGAGGAGUCAGCUAGACUCUUACAAGGCCUAUCUGCAAAACGUGCGCAUGCAGAGCGGAGGAGGGAAUAACCCUGGUCAAGGAUCUGGAGUUGGCGUUGUCACAGUGGGAGGCAAGGAGGCCAAGAAGGGCAAGCAGCAAGUGCUUGGGCCCUUCAAGUUUACGCACCAUCAGCUGGAGAAGGACGGUGUCAUUGCGGAGAGCAAUGUGCCGGAGAACAGACGAAGCAAUAUCUUUUUCAACAUCACUUCGCCAAUCCCUGGCACAUUCAUCAUCGCUCUACACUACAAAGGCCGCGAGAAGGCCAUUCUGGAGAUGGACUUGAAGCUGGAUGACCUGUUGGAGAAGCAACAAGAUCAAGUCCAAUUGCUCGAUUUGGAAUACGUACACUUCAAUGUGAACAAGAUACUCGCCCUGCUGACAAAGACCUUCAUCAAGCGCUAACGCUCUGGUAGCACUGGUGUCUCUAAAGUAUGGUCCGUAGGCACGAGACGCCUGCAAUAUUUCAUCUAUCUUUUUCUUUUUCUUUAAAAUAAACCGCAACUGUCCAUUCUA